CUCCCAUCUACAAACUACAAAAUUUUGGUCCCACAAGCAUUUCAUAUCAGCCGUCCAAAGGCUAAAACACACCACAUGGGGCUGAAUUACGCGACGCUCUGCACCUCAAAGUCUACGGAGCUGAGCGAGCGUCGUCUGUUUCAGUCAAAUGGCGUCGUUUUUGCACCUCCCUGCCAUUUUCACACUUCCCUCUCCUCUGCGUGGAGCUUCCUUCCCAGCGGGCUCCAGGCCCAACUCGCUUUUCCAGACCCGGUUCAGCAUAAAAUGCAGAUAUGCAGAGGCAAAUGUGAACAAGGACGCCUUCAAUUCCGUUUCCGCCACCAUAGAUGUUGUGGCUGAUGUUAAGCCUGAACGGGUUGUCGUAUUAGGAGGCAGCGGUUUUGUUGGUUCUGCUAUAUGCAAAGCUGCGGUGUCCAAAGGCAUAGAGGUCAUUGGUGUAAGCAGGUCAGGGCGUCCUACUUACUCCGGUUCAUGGAUAGAUCAGGUUAACUGGGUGCCAGGAGAUGUUUUCUACGUAAACUGGGAUGACGUACUUGUUGGGGCCACUGCUGUGGUUUCAACCAUCGGUGGUUUUGGCAGUGAGGAACAGAUGCAAAGGAUCAAUGGGGAUGCAAAUGUUGUUGCUGUAAAUGCUGCAAAGGAUUAUGGAGUUCCCAAGUUUAUCUUGAUCUCAGUGCAUGAUUACAAUCUGCCUCCAUUUUUACUUUCAUCAGGAUACUUCACAGGAAAGAGAAAAGCUGAAUCGGAGGUUCUCUCCAAAUAUCCCAACUCUGGUAUUGUGCUAAGACCUGGUUUCAUAUAUGGGAAAAGGAGGGUGGAUGGAUUUGAGCUUCCAUUGGAUCUGAUAGGAGAACCAGUGGAAAGAAUUAUGAGUGCUACAGAGAACUUUACCAAACCAUUGAGUUCUCUUCCGGCAUCCGAUCUGCUCUUGGCUCCACCUGUAAGUGUUGAUGAUGUUGCACUUGCUGUAAUCAAUGGAAUCAGAGAUGAUGACUUCUUUGGCAUUUUUACUAUUGCGCAAAUUAAGGAGGCCGCAGAUAAGGUGAGGGUGUGAAUAUCUUUUGGCAUGUAAAAUUAGCAGUUAAGUAAUGCAAACAGGUCUGACUGUCACAGAACACCUGGUUCUGCAACCCCUUGUUGGGAGGAUGAGGAUAAGUUAGGUUCUGCUGUUGUAAAGACAUACAAAUUGUUUCUUAAUUGAAUAAAAAAAUGUUAGCAACAAGAAUUCCUGGAACU